AUGCCUCAUCCUCGCGCCUUCGCGCCAUUCUCCAACGCACUCGUCACUGACGCAAGCGCCGACUUCAGACGUCCACCAGACUUCACCAUCGACCCACCCUUCAACAAGCAGUAUCACCCCUCAAGACGGGAAAAGCUCCGAGCCAUCGGCAUCAGCCUACAAGAACACGCAGAAUGGCGACAUCUCCGGCAGAAACUGCUGCCGGCGGACCGACCGGUCACGCGGCGCGGCGUCGUCGCCCCACCGCCCAGCCCGCCGUCGACAGCAUCGGACGUCGAGUCACCGCUCCUCGGGGCUGCGCGCGGCGAUGCGGCCUAG